AUGAAGACUUCUUUCAUUACUAUUGCUGUCUCUCUUGCUGGUGCUGCCUCCACCGCCCCUGCGACCAAGUCCCGAGCCUACCCCUACAGCAUUGGCGACCUUUCCCUCAAGCACACUAUUGAGGGCGACACUUGGGAUUUGACAUUCUACCUUACAUCGAGGAACCCCGCGGGAGAGGCCCUUGAGACCACCACCUGCCACACUGCUUGGACCAACGGCAAACUUCCUGCCGGUCCCAAGAGCCCUGAGCCUUGCGCUGACCCUGCCUACACCUUCUUUUUCCCCACCGGUGCUUUUGAUGUCGAAAAGUACGAAGUCGCCGCUGAGGGCCCCACUGGAGCAGCUGCGACCUUCAUUGAGUCUGGUUACAAGUAUCAGUGUGGCCCUUACACGGGCCCUGUUGGCAAUGUUGAUACUGAGUGCAAGACUAUCAACGGUGGAGAAUUCUACCUCAACCAGUAG